AUGGCGCUUUCUCGGGAGGAACGACUGCAGCUUGCAGCCAUGGAUCCUGAACUAACAGAGUACUUGAAAACAGCGCAUAUUCCACAGGUUGAUUCUUCCGACCCCUCCAGGGUCAUCGCAGGGCUGCGAUUGUACAUGAAAGGUCUAUACAAGAGCCCAGACCCAGAGAGUGGAGUUGUGGAGCGGGACAUCUUCUUCUCAGCACGAGACGGAUUCCAGCUGCGUGCUCAUAUCUAUGAGCCGACUGACAAAUCUACUACUGCCCGUCCGCUUGUUGUAUACUACCAUGGUGGUGGUUGGACGAUUGGAUCGCCAGAAGACACCGCAAGACACUGUCGACAGAUAGUGCAAAAGCUGGGAGCUAUAUGCGUUGCACCGUCGUAUCGUCAGGGUCCUGAAGACCCAUUCCCGGCGAGUAUCAAUGAUGCAUGGGAUGCCCUGCUGUGGCUUGCCUCUCACGCCGAAUCUGAGAUUGGCGUCUCUCUAUCCCAAGGUUUCGUCGUGGGGGGAUCUUCGGCCGGAGGCAACAUGUCCGCUGUAUUGAGCCACCGUGCCCGCGACGAGGGCUUGACAUCUGCCAUCACUGGACUAUUUCUUCUAGCACCCUCGAUUCUCCCGCCGGGAACCAUCGUUUCGCUGCCCGAGAAGUACAAAGAAAUGUAUCUCUCCCGUACACAAAAGGAGUGUCAGAAAGACCCAGUUCUCAGCCCUGCCCUCCAGAAAAUCUUCCUUGACUCGGCUCAGGGGGAUGAGCAAUCGCCAAUGUUUGUGCCCUUUAUCUGGCCCACAGGCCACAGGGGACUCCCGAGAACCUAUUUCCAAGUCUGUGGCAUGGAUCAAAACCGUGAUGAGAGCUUGAUCUAUGAACAGACGCUGCGAGAGGACAACGGAGUCGAGACAAAGCUGGAUCUCUAUCCUGGGAUGCCACACAUAUUCUGGGGGAUAUUUCCAAUGUUGACACAGGGAAAGAAAGCGGCAGUUGAUUUUGAAGCUGGUAUGCGGUGGCUGUUGCAAGGGAGUAAAUGA